CAACAUAUAUCCCCCCCCCCCUGAUCACAUUCCAUCCCAUCCCCCCUUGCAUCUGCAUGUCGAUACCUCUUCUUCGAACUCGUCUUCACAUCUUCCGUAAUCUCUCCAUCGCACCCGCACGCCCACGCAUUACUCUCCUCGCUUGUCCUUCCAGAUCAUUCUUCUCUACCACACCUACCAUCAUGUCUUCCUCCUCCACCGAACCCCAACCCCAAACUCAACCGCAAGGCUGGAUCUGGAAUAAACUCGGCUACGAAGACCUCCCCGCCUCUCUCGCCUCUCAGAAAUUCUACGACCUCGAAGCCGACCUCCCCGGGAGUGGGUCGGGGGGGAAGGUUUUGAAGAUGGAAGAAUGUAGGGGGAAGGUGGUGUUGAUCGUCAACACGGCGUCGCAGUGCGGCUUCACCCCCCAAUACACAGCCCUCCAAGCCCUCCACACCGAGUACAAGGACCAGGGGUUGGUCGUCAUUGGGUUUCCUUGUGAUCAAUUCGGGGGGCAGGAGCCCGGAUCGGACGAGGAUAUCGCCAGCUUUUGCCAACUGAACCACGGCGUCGAUUUCAAGCUCGUCAAGAAGAGCGAAGUCAACGGACCCAAGCAAAACUCGGUAUUCGCCUGGCUGAAGCAGCAGGAACACGGCAAGGGGUUGAUGGGAACGAGCGUGGUCAAGUGUGAGCCGCAUCGCCGGUCUCGUCGCGCCAUAUCACCGCAGCUGAUGACGAUCGAUCGACCGCUAUCUCCACUUGUGACGGAACGACGAAUUUGCAAACGACCAUUUUCGCCGUACCACAGGGAACUUUGAGAAAUUCCUCGUCAACCGCAAGGGCGAGGU